AUGCCAUGGUCAAGUGAUCGAGUUGAAGCAGUUGGAAGAAACAAAUCAGCAACAAAACAAGAAAAAUACUUUAAAUUAACUUUUCAUGAACUAUUACCCAUCUUAUGUUCGGCUGCUGUUCCCAUAGUUAUUUGUGUUUAUACAGCAAUAACAACUUAUGAACAAACAAAAGAAGCAGAAAGACGUCAAUUUGAUUUAAAACAAGUAGCUGAAGAAAGACGUCUAUUUGAUCUUACACAAGCAAAUCAACUAAGACAACAACUACUUUACGAUCAGUUUAUCGAUAAUAUGUACACACUGGACAAGGAUGGUCAAUUAAAUGAUUCAGCCAAACCAUGGGCAUUUCCUAAUGCCCGUUACUGGACAGCACAUCGACAAUGGGAGCCUGAACACAAAGGACAUUCAUUGAUAUUUCUUAAAAAGAUAGAUUUAAUUGGUCGUCAGUGUCAUGGACCAGAAGGUCAACUUAAACGAUUGGAUGAUAUUAUUCAAUUGAAUCAAUUAAAUUUUGACAAUAUUCGUUUAAAGAGUCAAAAUAGCAAUAUGCAUCCGUUAAAUAUGACGUGUAUACGCUUCGAUGAAGUAUCACUGAUUAAUGUAUCAUUCACUUUUGUCAAUCUUGAUUAUGCAUCAUUUGAUGCUUCAAGCUUAAAUGGCAGCAAAUUCGAAGAGUCAUCAUUGAUCGGAACUAUUUUUAAUGCUACACAAUUACAUGGUACUGAUUUUUCAAAUUCAGACUUGCAAGACGCUCAUUUGUACAAUGUCAUUUUAUCAACCGUGAAAAUAACAGAAGAACAAAGAAAACAAGCAAAAUUCACGAAUAUCACAUUGCUAAACGCUAGCAAUGCAGACAAGUCAACAACAACCACAGGUAAAUUAUAA